AUGAAGCGUGCAAAGUCCGCUGGCAUUGACGCCUUUGCCCUCAACAUCGGCACCGACGAUUAUACGGAUGCACAGCUUGAUUACGCGUAUGAAUCUGCCAAUCGCAAUGACAUGAAAGUUUUCAUCUCAUUCGACUUUCACUUCUGGUCAGUUGGCGAUGCAGCCGCUGUUGGUCAGAAGGUCAAGAAGUAUGCCGACCGCCCGGGUCAGCUACGCAUUGACAACAGAGUUUUUGUGUCCAGUUUUGCAGGAGAUAACCUCGAUGCCAAUGCUGUCAGAAGUGCUUCUGGCUCCAAUAUCUUCUUUGUUCCAAACUUUACUCCUUGGGGAGGCUCUACGAAUGGUAUUGAUGGUGCUCUGAACUGGAUGGGCUGGCCAAACGAUGGUAACAACAAGGCGCCUAAGGAUGGUAAGAGUGUCAGUGUCGCCGAUGGUGACAAGAGUUACACGAACUGGCUUGGAAACAAAAAGUACAUGGCUCCUAUCUCGCCCUGGUUCUUUACUCACUAUGGUCCUGAGGUCGACUGGUCCAAGAACUGGGUCUUCCCUAGCGGCUCACUCAUCUUUGACCGCUGGAACGAGGUUCUUCAAAAUGGAUUCCCUAUGGUUGAAAUCCUCACCUGGAACGACUAUGGCGAGUCUCACUAUAUCGGACCCCUCAGAAAUAAACACACCGACGAUGGAGCAUCAAAAUGGUCCAACGAUAUGCCUCACAACGGUUGGCUUGACCUCUCUAAGCCCUUUAUCGCCGCAUACAAGAACAAAGACACCAACGUGGCCAAGUACAUUGAGAAGGAUCAGAUCAUCUACUGGUAUCGCCGUAAUCUUAAGGCUCUCAACUGCGAUGCUACCGAUACAACCUCUGGCAGAGCGCCCCCUAAGCCCAAUGAGAACUAUUUCCAGGGUCGCCCGGAUGGAUGGCAAACAAUGGAAGACACAGUCUACGUCGUGAGUCUGCUCCAAUCUGCUGGAACNNAGCAGACAUUCACUCUCAAGCGUGGCAGCACCAACGUCUUGUCCGAUACCUCACUUAUGGACAUCACUUCCAUCUGCCCCUGCGGCUUGUACAACUUUAAUGCCUAUGUUGGCACUGUUGCCGCCAGCUUCUCUGACCCUCUUGAUAGCAGUGGUCUCGCGUCGUUGACUGUCGGUCUGCGUGUCACAACGUGCCAGCCUAAGCCUUCUCUCGGAACCAACCCAGCUUCCCCGACACAAGGAAAUGACCCCCCCACGAUGACUGACCCAGGGAACGGAGAGGCUUGCAUUGAGGGCGCUGUAGCAAACGGUCAAAGUGGUAACUAUCUUGGUCUUUGCAAGUUCACUUGUGCCUAUAACUACUGCCCACCAGCUCAAUGCAAGUGUACCAGGUAUGGAACAGCUGUAUCCCCUCCAGCUUCCAACGGUCGUGAGGGCUGCCCUGCCGCCGGUCUUGAUGAUAGCUACAAGGGACUGUGCAGUUAUACUUGUAACCAUGGAUACUGUCCUGAUACGGCUUGCAGAUAUUGCUAA